UAACUUGCUUUAUCCAAGCCAGAACCCAAAACCAGCCAUUUUAAUUACCAUCAACAUGGCAAAAGCUCUCCUUGUCUCUCUGCUUUUCUCUUUACUCUGCAUUUUCAGCACAGCAACAUCUGCACAGUCCACCUCUAGUGGCACAAAUUUCAUCAAGUCCUCUUGUAAAACCACCACUUACCCUGCACUAUGUAUCCAAUCUCUCUCAGCUUAUGCCACAUCCAUCCAGCAAAGCCCACGCCAAUUGACGGAAACUGCCUUGUCAGUGAGCCUGGAGAGGGCUCAGUCCACCAAGACAUUCGUCUACAAGUUGACGAAGUUCAAGGGAGUGAAGCCCAGAGAAAUGGCAGCCAUCAAGGACUGUUUAGAGGAGAUUAACGACACUGUUGAUAGGCUUAGCAAGUCGUUUAAAGAGCUGAAGAGCAUGGGUCAGAGCAAGGGUAAGGACUACCAAUGGCAUAUAAGCAAUGUGGAGACUUGGGUUAGCGCUGCUUUGACAGAUGAGAACACUUGCGUUGAUGGGUUCGGUGGUAGGGCCUUGAAUGGGAGGGUGAAGUCUUCGAUUAAGGCAAGAAUUGUAAAUGUUGCUCAGGUGACGAGCAAUGCUCUUGCGUUGAUUAACAAGUUUGCCUCCAAGAACUAAUUAAUUAAGUUAACAAUAUGCUGCUGUAGAAUUAUAUUAUAUAUAUGGAGAAUUUUGUAUGAAUUAUUCUCUAAUGCUCAGCUUGAAUGGUCUAGUUUUGAUAUAAGUGAGAGUGAGACUUUUUAUUGGUUUAUGGGUUUUUGAAAGCCGCCCUCUAUGACGUUUUAGACGGCGUUUUUGUUGGCUUUUCUGCUCUCGUAACAGCGUCGGCUGGCUUCAAGCCUUCAACCAUAACAGUCUUCUCUAAAUGAAUGCUAUUUACUAUUCUUUUUUUCCGUCA